AUGUAUUCAUCAAGCAUUCCUCUCCCAAGCAUGUCUCCCUCGCACAUCUCCCCGAGCAUCUCUUCCCUGAGCAUCUCUUCCUCGAGCAUCUCUACCUCGAGCAGCUCUUCUCCGGGCGAGUUUUCCUCAAGCGACUCUUUCUCAAGCGAGCCUUCCUCGAACGGAUUUUUCUCAAGCGACUCUUCUAUAACGACUACCUCAACCCCUGCUCCGAACAAAACUACUACCUACAAGGAUGAGAUUGCCAACGGAAUCAUGCUGACCUUUGACGGUAAGGUCAAGCUGGUUGACAGGGAGCUUCUGCGAAGCGCCUCUGAAGUCUUCCGCAAGGCGUUCGACGGCGAGUUCUCCGAGGCCACUACCAACAGCUACAAGAUCCAAGACCACAGUCAGGAAGCAGUGCUGAUGAUGAUACAAUGUAUCCAACGUGACCAGCUUGACCGCGAGAACACCAAGCGUUACUUCGAGAACCCAGAUGACCACGACGCAUCGGAGCAGGCCAGAAACUUUGGUUAUGACUGGAGCAUCGAGCUGGAUACCUCAGACCCGCACAGCUUCUCACGCAACGUGGACUUUUGCCUGGAGGUCUUCCUUCUCGCCAACGAAUACGAUAUUCCUACAUUAUCCAUAGAAGCCAUAAAGCUCCUCAUCGACCUUAGAAAAGAACUUUUGAUGCAUGGCCUCCCCCUUUCCACCGACGAGAUUGUCGACAAAGUCGUCGAACUCUACGACACCAACCAUGUUUCGACUUCAUCACUGAUGCAGAGGUUGGCAUCGGAGAGCGUCUGGAACCCAGACGAAGUCUCAGAAAUAUAUUGCAAGGUCGAGGCCAGAUAUGGAUUCAUCGAGGGAAUCUGGCAGCACAUCGGGCGAAGAUGGGGUGUGAAGGAUCAAUACCAUGCUUCUUUCGUGCUGGAAAUGAACAAGGUUCAGGAGGAGAAAGAACUUGCCGAGAACUCGUAUUACUAUUAUGAUGAUUACGAAGGUGGUUGUGAGCUGGAGGACUACUACUAUGGUAAUGAUGACUAA